GAAUCGCCAACCCCUGCAAACCGCUGACGCUCCUGACGGCGAUCAGGAUUAAGGAAGGACGCCUGGUGAGGUUGAACCAAGCGUUACCAGCCGGCUGCGUACCCCCCGCACGGGAGGCUGCCGGGGAGACGCCGCUGGGCAGGGGGGGAGCGAGGCCCCAAGGGCUUCCCCUGAGCUCACCUCACCUGCGGCUCCGCUCCGCGCUCGGGCCGGGCCCGGCCCGCCGCCGCCUCGCCGCCUCGCAGGGCCCGCGGGAGCGGUAGGCCCGGCAGGAGCGGCCCCGCCCGCCACUCGGGGGCCGCGGCCACGGCUUCGCGCGCCGGUCGCACGAGGCGCCCACGCGCCCCGCGAGCGCGCGGGGGGGCGGCGGGGAGGGGCGCGGCACCCGCCCGCCGGUGCGCGGCACCCGCCCCUUCCCGCGGCGAGCGAGGCGCCGGAAGCGUGCGGUCGGGCCGUACCGUGGAGCCGGGCGGGCCGCUCUAGGCCGCUGCUCGGUGGUUCCGGCGGGGCGGCAUGGGGGAGCGGCGGUACCGCUCGGCCUCGGGGGCGCCCGUCGCGCUGCGGCGCCGCCAGCACAGCGCCUCCUGCCGGGAGCUGGCGGUGCGCUGCCCCCGCCUGCAGCUCCGCUCGCUCAGCGCCGUCACCUCCGCCGUCUGGCUGGCGGCCUACGGGCUCUUCGUGCUCAGCGAGAAUAGUAUGGUGCUUUCUGCUGCUAUCUUCAUCACGCUGUUUGGCCUGAUCAUAUACCUGCACUUUGUGAAAGUUGACCAGGAAUCCCUGUUGGUCAUCGGCUCACUCGGCAUUCAGGUGACCUCAUCCUAUGCUUCAGGGAGAGAGAGCACAACCUUCAUUGAGAUGGGUCAAGUGAAGGAUGUGGUUAUCAAUGAAGCCAUCCAUAUGCAAAAAGUUAUCUACUACCUGUGCAUCCUCCUCCAGGACCCUGGAGAUCCUCAGGGAGUAUCUGAGGUUGUGCCACUCUUUCAGAGCUCCAAGCCACGCCUGGACUGCUUAAUAGAAGUGUACAAAAGUUGUCAAGAAAUCCUGGAGCAGAGGAAGACAGCUCCACAAUCAAGUGGAAUAAAAUAGUAAAAAAAAAAAACAAAACCAAAAAAAACCAAGGUAGCAAACUUGCAGCAGGACUCAGAGACACAUGGAAAAGCAAGCAAAACUGCCCCAUGGGUUUUUUUUAAUUAGAUGAGUAGAAAGUGGUGCAGCAGUACAGUGAUGUUAGGUCGAAAGGCCUGCACAGACUCACAGAGUUGUUACAGAAAAUGUCAGCUCAAGCACAGGAGUGAAACUUGAAAUCCUCUGCUAUGAAGACAGGUGAGCAGAACUUUUUAGACUCAGACAGAAAAGGCUUUUCCUUGCCUCUCCAGAAAAGAAUAUGGGGCAAUAGGGCAAAGGGAGGCAAGAACAUGCAUCAAACGUUUACUCUUUUGUGGAUCGGAAAAUUAUGAUAAACUUAUAAUGUAACCUUGGCUGGACUGCCAGAAAUACGCAUUUUUUUGUUUCUGUUUAACCCUUUGUUUGAAAAAAGCAUAUACCACUCUAAAUACCAAAGCUGAUGUGUGGGCUGGGAUGGUAACUUCCUGAUCCACAGGAGAAUUUCAGAAAGAAAAUAACAGAAAAUUAAAAUAUACUGCUGCAUUCAAUUAUAUUUAGUGAAAUAAACAUAGGAGAGCAGACUUAGACCUCUUCAGGGAUCUGCUUGAAAGUCCCAUGCAAUGGGGCCCUAGAGGGAAGAGGGGUCCAAGAAAGCUGAUUGAUAGUCAAGGAUCACCUCCUUUAAGCUCAAGAACAGUCCAUCCUAGUGAGCAGGAAGUCAAGCAAAAAUGCCAGGAAGCCUGCAUGGAUGGACAAGUUGCUCCUGGCAAAAUUCAAACACAAAAAGGAAGUAUACAGAAGGUGGAAGCAGGGACAGGUAACCUGGGAGGAAUACAGCAACACUGUCUGAGAUGCGGUUAGGAAAGCCAAAGCCCACCUGGAGUUGAAUCUGUUGAGGGAUGUCAAAGGCAACAAGAAGGGCUUCUGUAAAUACACAAGUAGCAGAAGGAAGACAGGGAAAAUGUGGACCCAUUGCUGAAUGGGGCAGGGGGCAUGGUGACACAGGACAUGGAAAAGAUGUGGCAUUAAAUGGGCCACAUCAAUUGCUCUGAGAAUAUGAGGAAAAUCUGCUGUUGAAAAUGAUCGUAAUGACUACGUGAAUAAAGUUUUAUUGAUCUGUA